AUGCUCAGAAUUACAACGAAAAACCAGGGUGGCCACCCAUCCAGAAACCACCGUCGUGGCCUCCCCAACCCCCUCAGAGGCCUGCCCAACCCCCUCAGUGGCCUGCCCAACCCCCUCAGAAGCCUGCCCAAUCCCCUCAGUGGCCUGCCCAACCCCCUCAGAAGCCUGCCCAACCCCUUCAGAGGCCUGCACAGCCCCUUCAGAGGCCUGCACAGCCCUCUCAGUGGCCUGCCCAACCCCCUCAGAGGCCUGCCCAACCCCCUCAGAGGCCUGCUCAACCCCAGCAGUGGCCUGCCCAACCCGCUCAGAGGCCUGCCCAACCCCCUCAGAGGCCUGCUCAACCCCAGCAGUGGCCUGCCCAACCCGCUCAGAGGCCUGCCCAACCCCCUCAGAGGCCUGCUCAACCCCAGCAGUGGCCUGCCCAACCCCCUCAGAGGCCUGCUCAACCCCAGCAGUGGCCUGCCCAACCCCCUAGGCAGCCUCAGAAGCCUAACUUACCUUCUGACCCGAUAGGCCCAGGCUCAAAGCAGAGCUGUGAUGUUGAGGGCCCCCACAAGGUGCAGUGUGGACUUCCUGACAUCACUGCUGCCCAAUGUGAGGCCAUCAACUGCUGUUUUGAUGGGCGGAUGUGCUUCUAUGGAAAAGCAGGUAGGUGUUGGACCAUGCUCAUUUUACUCUAGAACUCUAUGUUGUAACAGUGCGGUUUUACUUUAUGUAUUGCCCCCUCAGAGAAACGUGUUUAUCGUACUUCACCAGAAAACAAAUAAUUGGAUUCUGAACUCUUCACUCUGAUUCCACUUCCACUUACCAAUUAUAGAUGGCAAUUCUUAUCCAAAGUAGUUUAAAUUCAACAUGUUCCAACAUGCUCCAGUUUACUCAAGAACACUAACUUCAUGUUUUUGUUAUGCUCUUUGUCACCAGUGACUGUUCAGUGUACCAAGGAUGGCCAGUUUGUUGUGGUGGUGGCCAGGGAUGCCACUCUGCCCAAACUGGAUCUGGAGUCCAUCAGCCUGCUGGGGGGAAACGGAGCCCACUGCACCUCUAUCGGCACCACUUCUGUCUUCGCCAUCUACCAGUUUAAAGUCACUGAAUGUGGAACUGUCAUGACGGUACGCAUCACUUGUGCUUGGCUUCAGUCUUAGUACAGGGAAGUAGUUCCUCACUCCUUCAAAUAAUUUGAUCACAUCAUCCAUAUUGGUUGCAACAAUUAUCAUAUAAUUGAUUGUUUAUUCAGGUUUAAAGAUGCUGCCACAUUGUGACAAAAGCUCUUUGUCAAAGCUAUAAUGAUUUUGCCUAAAAAAUGAGCUGUAUAACAUAGUUGUGUUUAUUGCAGGAGGAAACUGAUACUAUUGUCUAUGAGAAUAGGAUGUCCUCUUCAUAUCAAGUGGGGGUUGGCCCCUUUGGCUCCAUCACCAGGGACAGCCACUAUGAGUAGGUGAUAUUCAAUAAUAAUGAUUAUAACAACAUAAUAACAACAUCCUAAGGAACCAUUUGUUUAAAAUGUUGUGUACUGUAUAUGGGGCCAGGGGCCUCAUUUAUCAACCGUGCAUACAUUUCUUAUAAAAUUCUGGCGUAGGUGGAGAUUCUAGGAUUUGCUUGAGCAACAAAUUAUUGGGAUUUAUCAAACUGUCGCACGCAACAUAUACGCAUGUUGUCAUUGAUAAAUCAGAGCCAUACUAUAUUUGUGUGCUCGUGAACGAGCGCUACAACCCCCCCAUGAAAAUAAUCCCUCAAUUCGCAUUUAAUGGUAACAAAAACACCCUCAUUUGGUGUAUGAUUUGGAGAUGUUGGAAUUGGGCCAAGACAGUUUCUAAAAGAAAAAGCAAGGGCAAAUACGAUCACAUUUAUGUAGAGGUGUGGGCAGAAUGCUUUAAUCUUUUUCAGUUAACUUUUCAACAAAAAAUGCAUCCUGCCUAUAGCGAUUGCCAGACACUGGCAUCACAUUCUGCAAGUUUGAUUGUCUAUUGAAACAAUUUAAAAGUAAAUGCUACAGCACACUUCUUUGGAAAUAAUAAAUAUUUGGCUUAUCAAUAGAUUUUGUUUCUAUCUCCUGCCUUGGUGUAGGCUCUGAAUUUAAAGAGGCUAUGAUGUUGCACUCCUAGCAAUACUGUAGCCUUCCCAAUUUAAGUAUUCUACCGGUCUAUUUAAUUCCAAGCAUGUUUUGCUAUUAAAUGAGCGAUGGAUAAAUGGUAGGCUAAUAGUUGUUGUGUAGCGGGAAUAAACCAGUCGUGAAAAAAGGAGAGACAUGUCCUGCAAUAUGAUUAUGAUUUACAUUUACAUUUUUACAUUUUAGUCAUUUAGCAGACGCUCUUAUCCAGAGCGACUUACAGUUAGUGAAUGCAUUUUUUAUUUUAUUUUUCAUACCCCCCGUGGGAAUCAAACCCACAACCCUGGCGUUGCAAACGCCAUGCUCUACCAACUGAGCUACAUCCCUGCCGGCCAUUCCCUCCCCUACCCUGGACGACGCUGGGCCAAUUGUGCGCCGCCCCAUGGGUCUCCCGGUCGAACCAGGAUCUCUAGUGGCACAGCUAGCACUGCAAUGCAGUGCCUUAGACCACUGCGCCACUCGGGAGUAGGCCUAUAUAAUACAAGUAAAAGAAACACAUUAGGCUACAUGCUGCCAUGCGAUCUCCUUACCAAUGGAAAACGUAUCUGUUUUAUGAUUAGGCCUAUGUUAUAAUGUUUUCAUUAGCCUACCAUUAUUAUAAUUCCUGUACACCUCCAUUUCCUUCAAAAUAACAAUAUUUGCUUGCAAUACAAUUGAUCAACCACUAUAAGUUGUGCGUACGCACGGUCAGAGAUUUGCGUGGAGAUACGCACACUUUCCUGUUAAGUUCAACAGCGAUAAAUACCAUCCUUUGUGGGAAAACUGGUGCACACAAGGUUUAGAGUCUUUUUUGUGCACACAUACCUUUGAUAAAUGAGGCCCCUAGGUGGGAAUUUUGCCAAGACACUGGAGUUAACACAAUUUUUCUUGUUAAAUGAGCAAUUGGAUCUUUAGUCAUCACCUUAUAUGGCCUGCUUUAAAGUCUCUCAGACACCUUCAAGAUGUCUGACCACACUCCCUUUCUUCCCAGUCUAAUAUUCCAGUGCAGAUAUAAGGGCAGCACCAUUGAGGCUCUGGUUAUUGAGGUGAAGCAGGUGCCUCCCCCAAUUCCUCCGAUAGCUCCUGGACCCCUCACAGUUGAGCUCAGACUGGCCAACGGAGUAUGCCUCUCCAAGGGAUGUAAUGAAGGUAUGUGGCACUAUAUUCAUUGAUUGGUUGGUUGGUUGGAUUAAUAAAUGGGUGAAUUAAUUAAUCUUUCCUUUUUUGAAACAGAGGAGGUGGCCUACAACUCUUACUACACAGAGGCAGACUACCCUGUCACCAAGGUCCUCAGGGAUCCCGUGUACACCGAGGUUCGCAUCCUGGCGAGGACAGAUCCCAACAUUGUGCUGACCCUGGGUCGCUGCUGGGCCACCACAACCCCCAACCCUCUCAGCCUGCCCCAGUGGGAUCUUCUCAUUGAUGGGUAAAUAUCUGAAUAAGUAGUAGUAAAGUAGAAGUUGUAAACAUUUUCGUAACAGUACAUUCAAUUUCUGUUCUGCCGUUCCUUGUGAAGAUGAGGAAAAUGAUCAGCAGCACUAGGAGAACCUCACUUCAAAAAUACCUCUUCAUUGUCAAAACCAACGUGUUUCAUCUCACAGCAAUGUAUUUGCAAUUGCUGGUGUAAAUUGAGAGUCGUAACAUGGCAUGCGGCAUGCCCACCCUGACGCAGACAGAAAGACACUUGACCAUGACUUUGUCUGUCUGUCUACGUCUCACUCUCUCUGUGUCUCUCUCUCCGUUCAUAUCAUUAGAUGUCCCUACCAGGAUGACCGUUACCUGACCAUUCCCAUCUCUGUGGGAGCCUCUUCGAGUGUGUCCUUCCCAACCCACUACAGGCGCUUCGUUCUUAAGAUGUUCACCUUUGUGGAUCCAACAUCUAUGUCCCCCCUGAGGGAGACGGUAUGACCAUAGAGAUACAUAUAUGUUACAUAUUUACAGAUAUUGUUCUAUUUAAUUCUGUGGGUAUGACUGUGUUCUAAUUCUACUGGAACAAUAGAGUUCAAAUUGAUCAUAAUUCUAAUAAGAGGGUUGAAACAACUACAUUGAUGUUGUUGAUUGCCAUGCUAACAUUGUUUAUUAAAUUCAUGCACGAAAUAGAAGUACUGUACUUUAUGGUUAUAUUAGAUUUUUUGGUAAGACUUUUCACUGUCCUAUUACAAUUGGUAUUUGUGAAAUUAUUGCUACUUUCUGGUAAUGAAUUAUUUAAUAAUAUUGUAUUGGCUUGCUUGGUCACAAUUGGUACUUUCUGGUAGGCCAAUUUGUUACAAUUACAUAGGUAAUAUAAAACCAUAUAGUUUACAUAAAUAUGAAACUACUCUAAUUUAUUCUUGGGUAAUAAUUAUCUAGCUAGAUAAUUAUUACCUUCUUUAAAAAAAAAAUCUGUACUGUCUCUUGCAGGUGUUCAUCCAUUGUAAUACAGCUGUGUGCCAGCCAUCCAUUGGAGACAACUGUGAACCAAGAUGCUUCAGAAAGAGUGAGUUACUUUUCUCUACAUUCCAUUCAAGCAAAUAGUUUCCUUCCCCUCUACCCUUCCCUACAGUUUGAGUCUCAUCCCUCUCUCUGCAACUGACCACAUAAAAUGUCAUUUCCAGAGAGAGACACUGCUGCUGCAGUUCAGAAGAGCACCAGAGUCAAGUCUGUUUUGGUUUCCAGUGGCGAACUGAUCCUGACUGACCCAAGGGAGCUCACAAGCUAG